AUGGUGGAUAAAGGUAGCAAGGCCAGGAAAGAGGAGAUUGUCUCAAGGGAGUACACAAUUAAUCUCCACAAACGUCUCCAUGGAUGCACCUUCAAGAAGAAGACUCCAAAAGCCAUCAAGGAAAUCAGGAAGUUUGCUCAGAAGGCCAUGGGAACCACUGAUGUUAGAGUUGAUGUCAAGUUGAACAAGCAGAUAUGGAGCCGUGGAAUUCGUAGCGUGCCAAGGAGAAUUCGGGUCCGCAUUGCUCGCAAGAGGAAUGAUGAUGAAGAUGCUAAAGAGGAGCUUUAUUCUUUGGUAACCGUUGCAGAAAUCCCAGAGGGUGGGUUGAAGGGAUUGGGCACCCAAGUUAUUGAGGAUGAAGAAUAA